CUCCCUAUCAAAGAUACAACGGACCCCUUCCAGCACAUUUCCACUGACUGGUUGGACUCAGCCUUGACUAUUUCAUCAUUUCAAAGUCCCUGGACAUUUCCUAGCUACUUGGGAAUUCCAGUGCAUCCAUCUCCUGUUCUAUUAUGCCUCGUGGGUCUCGGAAUAGAGCUCCCGGUGCUCUCAGUUCAGAAGCAUCUUUGAAUGCCAAACAUAGCUCGUCACCGGUCUCGAGAGGAGGUGCUCAGAAAAGAAACAUUGAUGGGGCUGAAGGGCUUUCUCCCCGGAGGUCAAAACGUGUCAAAGGGAAAGAAGAGCAUAUCCCUCAUGAAGAUGAAACCGAUAUCAAGAUAGAGGAAGAUAUCGAGAUAAACACUAGAAAACACACCUCUCUGGCUUCCAAGGCCAGUCAAAAGAGACCGUCGGUCAAGCAGGAGGAAGAAGAGGAGGAAUUUGAGUUGAAGCAAGAGGACGGCCAGGCAGCGAAAGCAUCUGUGACUGAGAAGACGACAAGAAAGAGGAAGUCGAAAGAGGAAGCUAAAGCAGAGACAAUGCCCUUGGCAGCUCGAACACAAGGGCUCCGAAUGUUUGUAGGAGCCCAUGUCAGUGCAGCAAAAGGCGUUUUUAACGCUGUCAGCAACAGCACUCACAUAGGUGGCAAUGCCUUUGCCCUGUUCUUGAAGUCUCAGCGGAAAUGGGACAAUCCUCCGCUGCAGGAUGACCAUCGAGAUCAGUUUCGACGUUUCUGUCAUGAACAGAACUAUGAUGCAUCAAAAUAUGUCCUUCCCCAUGGCUCAUACCUCGUCAACUUAGCACAAGAAGACAAAGCCAAGGCCAAGCAGGCCUACGACUCUUUCUUAGAUGAUCUACGUCGCUGCGAGUCUCUCGGUAUAACUCUUUAUAAUUUCCACCCCGGAAGUGCAAACCAAAGCAGUCUCCCCGACGCUCUCGCCCGUCUCGCAAAAGCCUUGACCAAUGCCCUUUCAGAGACAUCAACCGUGGUCCCUGUCCUUGAAACCAUGUGCGGGCAUGGUAGUACAAUCGGAGGCUUCCUCUCCGAAUUCCGUGAUUUACUGGCGCUGAUACCCAGUGAGCAUCACCCCCGAAUUGGGAUCUGCAUAGAUACCUGCCACAGCUUUGCCGCUGGCUAUGACCUUGCCUCUCCUGUCGGAUUCCAAUCCUUCUUGAAAGAGUUUGACGACCUGAUCGGAAUCAAACAUCUCCGGGCUCUUCACCUGAAUGAUUCCAAGGCACCACGCGGAAGUAGGCGAGAUCUGCACGCAAAUAUCGGUACGGGCUUCCUUGGCCUGCGUGCCUUUCAUAAUGUGAUGAACGAACCUCGCUUUGAAGACAUUCCGAUGAUUUUAGAAACACCUAUUGAUCGCCCCGAGGGCUCAGUUACGUCUACUUCCAAGACUGUUGCCUCAGCCGGCUGUCGGCAUGACAAUGAUGAAGGCGAUGCAGGGGGUGAGAGUGAAGUCGAGGUAAAGAAGAAAGGGAAGAAAAAGCCCGCGACCGCUAAGCCGGCCAUGGUAUCCGAUCCGGAAAUCUGGGCACGUGAGAUCAAGUUGCUCGAGUCUCUGAUUGGGAUGGACCCUGAGGGAUCCGAAUUCAAGAGUCUAGAGGCGCAGUUGGCCGAAGAAGGACGAGAGAUGCGGGAAAAGCAGCAGGCGCAGUACGAGAAGAAGCUCGAAGCAGAAGAGAAGAAACGAAAUAAGGCCGUGAAGGGUCAGAAGACGCUGGUGGACAUGAUGAAGCCUGCCGCAAAGAAGUCGAAGAAGAAGCAAGAGCUCGCUUCGGACGAUGAGCUUGAGACUUGACUUCCAAAAUAUAAAGCGUUCGAUGUACCACAAUUCUAUCAAUAGGAGCAUCUAAAAUUAUACGGUGCAUACUGCCAAAGACGAGUACUGCUAUAAAUCAUAUUCUAGACACCGUCAACCGAAGCAAUGGUAUCAUCUAAUAGAGAACUAUUCCAGAAUCCACCUCAAGAUGUCCGUGAAUUACACCCCCCAGAGAGACUAAAAACAGUCAAAAAUCCCUCUCAGCCAGCUCUCAGGAACAGGGUAUACAUAGAUAAAGCAAGGAAUGACGGCAC